CUUCUGAGCCAGAAGACGUGCGUGCGCCCCAGCUGUCCGGCAGUAUCACGUGCCAGUAUCUCGCACUCACGCCCUCACACACGCACGCACACACAGGUGGUUCACAGCAAACGUUAUACAGGAUUAAGACCCACAUGUCUCGUGAUGCUUCAGUUUUCUUAUUUAUUUACAAGUAGUGCAGAGUGAGAAAGUGAUAAGCAAUGUUACCUCGUAAAGGUUUCCACCGAGUAUGUUCAGUCGCUGCGGCACUGAGCCUGGUGUGGCUGGUAGCAGUGUGGGUGUCUCCCACCCAGGGCAUGGUUCCGCACCUGUCGCCCUUCUUCUUCCUCUGUAACUUCCACGGCAACUCGCAGAACUACGGCCUGGACCAGGGAGAUGUGGUGCUCGGCGUACACAUUGACGGAAACCCGACCGCCUACGAGCCAGGCUCGUUUUACCAGAUCAGUAUUUCAUCCAGUGAAACAUUUGACAGUUUCCUGAUGACUGGUUUGUACACAACCACCUCUGACAUACAAGGUGGAAGCACCGUGGGGAACCAUUUUGGCCGGACCAUGCACACAGGAGGGCAGAACCUCAUGUGCUCCAUUGUGCACUCCCAGGUGAGUCCCCGGCCUAUGAGAACCCUGCAGUUUGUAUGGAUGGCUCCACCCUCUGGGACUGGCUGUGUCAACUUUUUGGCCACAGCCACACAUGGUCAGCAGCUUUUGUUCAAAGACACCACAGUCUUGCAGCUCUGUGAGAAAGGAGAGGAAAGCUCCUCUCCCCUCCGACCUGAACUGGCAGAGAUCCACACAGAGACAGCUUUGUUCAGGGAAGACUUUGAGAGUGGGGACACCAAGGACUUCAACCCAGAGUUAUGGUUGAGGACUGAGGGAGGUCGCAUUAGUGAGGAAUGUGGUAGCAUUGUGUAUGGAAACGCUGCUGUUCUCUGUGAUAGCAUUGGCCUCCGCGAACUGGUAACAGUUCCACUGAACUUGACUUCAGCUCAUGUUUUGCAAUUUUCCUUGGGAGGAGGUAAAUGUCGCCCAUCUAGCAAGCCUGACAAUGCCAUUGUGAUUGCAUAUGGAACUGACAGUUGUCAAAGAUGGACAGCCAUAGGAAAAGUCAAGGUACCGACCAGUUCUGGCACCGAGACCCAUGUGGUCAGUCUACCAGUAUCCGCUCGCCAGGAAGGAAUUUGUCUGAUGUUCUUCCAGCCAUCUCGUGAUCCAAGUUCUUUCAAUCCAAUCAUGGCGUCCAAAGUGACUCCUAAACCCACAAAAUCUUACAAUAAGUUUUCCACUGAUGCAGGAACAAGACCUGUGAUACCUACUGAAUAUGAAACCAAAGAAUGGGAAAAGAAGACUUUGCCUGCAUCAACCACAGACUCUCCUACAACCACGGAUAAAGUUGUGACUGAAGCUGGUCCCAUGGUCACUGCUGCAAGCCGUACAAUCCCAUGGGUUUCGUUUGAUCUUGAAGACUCGACUGCCUCUACGACAAAGAAACAGACAACGUCCAACACCACCCCUGCCUCUGCUACAACGCUUGUUACAUCAACAACUACUACAACAACAACAGGGGAACCUUCGACACCAGCUUUGUCAUCACAGGAAUCAUCAAGGACAACGACUGCACCAACCACAGGACCACCCAGUGAGAUCACUACUGAGAAUCUCACUGAACCCUCGGAGUACCCGGUGAUAACCGAAUUCUUCAUAGACCCAACAGUUCCAGGGACAACACUGAAUUUUGAUUUUAUUCCCAAUGAUGGGCCCCAGCAAGAUGAGCCGUUUGAUGGUACCUCCUAUCAUGGCUGCUGGGCCAUUGAUAAUGUGGUUGUGGUGAACACAGCGGAGAACCCACAGGAUCUGGUGGAGAAUUUUGACCCUGUGGAUCCCGGGAAUUGGAUCUUCUUCCCCGGUGCUCAUGUUGAGAAACAAUGCCAGUCGCACGGAAAUGCUUUUGUGUUUGAGGACAGGAAUCAGAGCAUGACCUUUGCUGUGACACGUGACCUUGAUCUUGAUGUUCUCAAUUCUGAGGCUGAUGCUUUCUUAACAGAAUCCUUUGAGAGUAAAGAAACAAGUAUUCAAAUUGAGAAUGGCUACAUCGGUGCUGAUUGUGGGAUUGUUCAUGAAGGCAAUUCUGCGAUCUUCAACGGUAGAAAAAAGCGACAACUGUGUACGGAGUCAUUCUCUGCAGAUGAAGUGGACAGUGCGAGAUUUUAUUUCCGGUUUGGCGGCAAGGGUUGUCACAGUAGCAAGUCAAGCCCUCCGGUCCUGGUGUACCUGAGGGAUGACGAUGACCACUCCUUGGUGCUGGACACGCUACCGGCUGACCGUUACAUGACAAGCCAGCUGGUGACUAUCCCCCUUUUUAAUGCCACCAAUAAGGUCAAUAGUCACGGAACCGUAAGUCUUUGCCUGCUACAGAAGUCCUCGGGCGGGCUGGGCCAGGAUGUGUGGGCAGUGGACGACCUUCAGCUGCUUCCCCUCCUCCCAAAAACAUCCACAGAAGAUAGCGAUAAAGUUCUGCAAGCUUCUCUCAACCUGGCUUGUGGUGUGGAGGGAGAUCGUGAUACCAGUGUCAAGUUUGAGUACAGUACAGACCAUGGAAUGACCUGGAAUGAGUUUUACACCUCAUGCCUUCCUUCCCUUUGCAAUGGGCAUCAUCAACCUCUGACCUCUUCUUUCUCAUCUAAGGAUUUGGAGGGCUGGAGCCGUUUAACUCUUCCCAUCCCGUACGUGGCCCAGUCCCCGCAUGUGAGGUUCAGGGUUGUGCAGUACGGGAAAAGUUCUACUCCCUGGGCUGUGGAUGAUGUGUUCAUCGGAUCAUGUAAAGACCUUUGCAAUGGACAUGGAUUUUGUACAGCAGAAGGCUGCAGCUGUGAUUUUGGCUACGAAGGAGAACGCUGUGAGAGCCCUGUCGUUCCUCCAGUCUCGUCUCUGCAGGAAAGCUUUGAAGAUUCCUCCAUCGUAAGCGCCUCUGUUGUCCUGGACGUGGCUGGGGGCUCUGUGGGCUAUGACUGUGGCGUCUUGUCCUCUGGGAAGGCUUUGGUCUUCAGUGGCUCUGGCCCGCGCAGUCUUACAACAGCUGAGAUGAACACCACAUUAGCGUCUGCGCUGCAGUUCACCAUCAGAAUUGGCACACAGUCUGUAGUGUCUUCAUGCCCUCCUCCUGAUGAACCCUGGGAAAGUGUCCUGCUCGAAUCUUCCUGCAAUGGAGGCGUACACUGGACACUGUUGCACGAGUUUCUCCCUGAUGCCUUCCAACAGCCCACAUCAGUGUCGCUGCCAGUGCCAGCGUCAGCUCAGGGCUCCAUGUGUCAGUUCCGCUGGAGACAGCCCCAGCACUCGGGCCGGGGUCAGGAUGUUUGGGCCAUUGACGACAUUGUCCUGACAGCAGACGCUAACUCCAAUCUGCUCUCCGUGGAGAUGAUGGACAUGCCCAACUUUGACAGUCGACUGACCUCCAACCAUGGCAAGCUGGAAGAUAGCUUUUGCAACAGGAUGCGCAGUGUUGUAUUUUCAGACCCAGAAAAAAACGAUGAGGCCCGCUCUCUAAACUCGAAACCAAUGCGUGUAGGUCCCGGGUACAUGGCUCAGUUUGACCUUGUGAUGGGCUGUGGAGCUCCUUUCUCCAAAAACACCGACAACGCCAUCUACUUCCAGUACUCUGUUGACCAUGGCAUUUCCUGGCACCCUGUGGAAGAGCCGUGCCUACCUCCUGACAUUUGUGAGGAGUACCGUAGAGGCUCUGUCUAUAACCCUUAUGACUUUGAGGAGUGGAAGACUGUGACAGUGCUGCUGUCUCCGGAUACGUGGAGUCCACAGACCAAGUUCCGGUGGGUCCAGCCAGAGUGGGGCAAGUCGGACGUGUGGGGCGUGUCCCGGGUCUACAUAGGUCCUAGAUGCCCAGCCCUCUGUAAUGGUCAAGGCAUUUGUCACAAUGGAGUUUGUAGGUGUAAUAAAGGCUUCACAGGCGACACAUGCACCCCUGAGCUCCAAAUGGACUCUUCCAUCCAAGCUGGCUUUGGGCUUCGGUAUGAUCCAACGACGGACUUUUCCAUCAAAGGAGGGGAAGUGGUCCGCACCGGACAAGGUUGUGGACUUAUUCUGUCAGGAGAAAACAUGUAUUUUGCAGGGGAUGGCACCCGAGAACUAGUGACAAAGGAUUUGCACACUACGUCGGCGGAUUUCAUCCAGUUUUAUAUCCGUAUUGGCGGAGAUGGCCCGGAGUGUCAGGGGUCUGAGACAAGGGAGGAGUCCGUGUUGCUGCAGUACUCGACCAAUGGAGGAAUCACCUGGAAGCUUCUGGAGGAACUUCACCAUCUGGAGAACAGGAGACCAAUGUUUACACACAUUGAGCUGCCUGAUGAGGCCAAGUCUCCACACACCAGGUUCCGGUGGUGGCAGCCGUCCCACUCUGGUCCAGGCACUGACCAGUGGGCCGUUGAUGAAGUUCUUAUUGGAGAGUACAGAAACCUGAGAAAGAUUGAUGAUAAUUUUGAUGAUACACUAGAGCCCUUGCAGUCUGACCAGUGGCGUAUGGUGACCGAAGGCUCAGUGGGCAAGUACUGUGGCACUUUGAACCCCUCUCUUGUGAUGGGCAACCAGGUCAACGACAAGUUUGCGGUCACUCAUGACGUCAGUCUAAAGCCAGGAGAUGUGAUCCAGUUCAGGAUCAAUGUGAACUGCGGCAAACAGUUCCGAUGGGACCACCCAGUCAUUCUCCAGUACAGUCAUGACAACGGACACAACUGGAACCUGGUGCAGGAGCCAUGCUAUCUGGACCAGGAGUGCGACGGGCAGCUCAAGGAGGGUAGUAUCUACUACACUGGCACCCACGGUCAGUGGACUCUGGUGGUCAUCCCUGUCACGGAAAAGAUCGCAAUGCAUCCGGCCAUAUUCCGGUGGUGGCAGCCUGGUGGUGUAGCGCACAGCUUUAGCGUAGAUGACGUGUACAUCGGGCCCCCGUGCCUAGACAACUGCCAUCGUCGAGGCGUCUGCAAGGAAGGGCUUUGCCAGUGUCUCGACUCACUAGAUGUUGUGGUAGAUAAAAACUGUCAGGCUGUGGAUGGGGCCCCUUCUGGUCUGCUGGACCGCUUCGACAACUGGAACAUGCCGUCCAUGCUGUGGCAGAGAAUCCUGGGAGGACAUCAAGGCCGGGGCUGUGGUAUCGUGGACAGACAUAACUCGCUCUAUUUUGGAGGCGACGGGACCAGGGAGGCUGUCACUGUGCCGCUCAACACUACUCAGAAAAAAAUCCUGGAUUUCACAAUCAAGAUAGGGGACAGCAUCAACUCUGAGACGUGCCGCAGACCCCGAGACAGGAACGAGGGCAUCGUGGUGGACUUCUCCACGGACAACGGCAUCACCUGGCAGGUCCUGACUGUGGUGGAGCCAGAGUUUGAGGACAUCUCACCCCACACUGUCGUCCUGGACCUGCCCGAUGCCGCGAAGCAAGACCAGACCAUCUUCCGUUUCUGGCAGCCUCUAGGCUUUGGAGGUAUGCCCAGAGCUGAGUGGGCAAUAGACAGUGUCCUCAUUGGAGUGAAUGAUACAAGCAAAUAUGGAUUUGAAGACGCAUUCCAAGGUAUGAUGCCUGACCCACACCACUGGUUCAUGGCAGACUCAGCUAUACAGAGACACACCUGUGACUCUCAAGACAGUGCUCUGGAGUUUAGCAACAAGAAUGAUCAACAGCUUGCUGAGACCUGGGACUAUCACGUGACCCCAUCCACUUUUCUGCAGUUUGACCUGGCCAUGGGUUGUGGCACUCUCUCUGGUGGUCUCUACGACAUUCGCCUGGAGUACUCCACAGACCACGGCCGUACCUGGCAGCCCGUAGUGGACAAGUGUGCCCCGCCCCGCUUUGAGUGCUCUGGUUACCACCUCAGCUCCACUUACAUGUCUGACCAGUUUGCCAACUGGACUCGUAUCACAGUGUCUCUGCCUGACGGGGCUGUGUCUCCAAGCACCCGUUUCCGCUGGCAAAGACCGUACCCUGAGAAGGGAGGCCCAAUCUGGGCGCUGGACAAUGUUUACCUGGGUGAUGGUUGUCCUUGGCUCUGCUCAGGUCAUGGAGUUUGUCGCAAGGGGAAAUGCAUUUGCGAUGAGGGCUAUGGCGGUGAUCAUUGCGUGCCCACGACACCUCUGCCCAUGAUACUGCGUGACGACUUUAACUCUCUCAAGGUCAACGACCGUGUGUGGCGCGAGUUUUACGGUGGAGACAACAGCGUCAUGUGUGGCCCAGUGGUCAGUGGGAGGUCAUUCACUUUUCACGAGGACGGCAUCAGAAUGGCGGUCACUAAUGACAUGGACACCUCGAUGCUGACCUCCAUGGAGUUUGACUUCCGCUACGGUUGCGGCAAAGCUGUCACCCCCUGGCCUCGCCACCAGAGUGUACUACUGCAGUACUCUACCAACGGCGGGAUCAUCUGGAAGCUGGUGAAAGAGAUACACUUCUCGGACACUUCAGAGCCCAAGUUCUUUUCCCUUCCAUUGCCAAUGUCAGCUCGGAUGAAUUCAACGCGCUUCAGAUUUUGGCAAGCAGAUAAUGGAGGAGAGAUGCGGUCAGUUUGGUCCGUAGACAACCUUUUCAUCGGCUCAAUGGCCAUGAACCCCAAGUCUCUGUAUGACUCGUUUGAGAAGGAAAAACCAGACCCUCAAUCCUGGCUCUUCAUCAACAAUGGCCACGUUGAUGAGUAUUGUUCUGCGUAUACAAGACCAGAGACUGAGACAAGUGGAGAGUCUGCCCUUGUUCUCAGAAGACUUGAGGGUGGGGAAGUUUCUGUCAUGACCUCUGACCUUGAGAUUGGGCCAAUGUCUGUUCUACAGUUUGAUAUCAACGUUGGUUGUGGUGCGGAGGGAACCGCUAAGUACCCGGUGCGGCUGGAAUAUUCCGCUGACGGUGGUGUGACGUGGUCCCUGGUUGGUCCCAGCUGUGUGGAUGUGUCGGGGGCCGGCUGCUUCGACUACCACCUGCCCUUCACUGUCUACUACGCCGGAGACAGCCUCUACUGGCGACGUAUGAUUGUGCCAUUAGAUCAUCUUCACAUCUGCGGGCCCUUACGGUUCCGCUGGUACCAAGGCAAAGUGCCAGACUCUGACUUCGCCCCUGAGUGGGCCUUAGACAAUGUCUACAUUGGAAUGGCUUGUAUAGAUCAUUGUGGAGGACAUGGAACUUGCAUAGGAGGUAUGAGGUGCGAGUGUGACCAAGGCUAUAUUGGACCGUCCUGUGUGGCGGAGGAAGACCACCCAUGGUACCUGAAGGACGACUUUGGCAGUGAAGACAUCUACCUCAGGCCCCUGGGUGGGUCCCACCUCCCUACCACUACCAUCAUAGACGCCAGUGAAGACAUCAACGAGGACAACUGGCUGUACUGGUCCAGUGGCAUCUCCUCCAGCAGACACAAGUGUGGCAAAGUCUUCACAGACGAUAGCUUUGUCCACGACGGGGAAGGUCAGAGGACGCUGACCACUGUGCCGCUUGACCUGUCAAGAGCAAAUACUAUUCAGUUCUACAUCAAGCUGGGUUGCAACAAGACAGUGACCCCUUCGCCUCCAGUCUUCCUGCAGUACUCCAUCAAUGGUGGAGUCAAGUGGAACACCAUCGAGCAGUUUGACUUUGGCCCACGCAGCAACCAGCCCCAGUACAUCGCUGUGCACAUUCCCCUCGGAGCCCUCACCAACUCCACGCAGAUCCGCUGGUGGCAGCCGUCAAAGGAUGGCCGGUAUGGGGAAGCUUGGGCUAUUGACCAGGUAUACAUCGGGGGCAACAUGUACGGAGAGAUAGUCCUGCAAGAUUCGCCGGACGCUCCCCUCAAUACAACCUGGCUGGAACACCCUGGAGCCCGCACAGAGCCUUACUGUGACUCAGACGGUUUGGCCCUGCACUUUAAAGGCCAAGAAUAUGAGAGAUAUGCAAGUACGGCAGACGUCUCUGUGAACCAGCUCAGUAUACUCCAGUUUGAUCUGUCCAUGGGGUGUGAUGAGGAAAAGAACAGAAAAGCAGAGUGUUUCACUCUGUACCUGCAAUACUCCCUGGACAUGGGCAAGACUUGGCAGCUGCUGCUCCCGGCCUGCCUGCCCUCUAUGGUGGGCUGCGGCUCCUACCAUCUCAGCUCCACGUUCUCCUCCGACUUAUACCCGGGCUGGAACAGAAUCUCCGUGCCUGUACCGCAGAGCGCUUGGUCCACCCACACAAGGUUCAGAGUGUACCAGCGACCAGGGUACAGCACUGACCAGAGUUGGGCUGUACAGAACCUGUAUGUGGGCUCCACUUGCCCCAACAGAUGCUCAGGCCACGGUCAAUGCCGGGGAGACCUCUGUGUCUGUGACGAAGGCUGGUCUGGAGCUGUGUGUGAGCAGAGUGAGACGAACCUUCCCAGCAUCCUUGUGGAGGAUUUUCUGGAUGGUCCUGAUGAGAACAACUGGUCUAAAAUUGUUGGUGCGUCGGUGGUGGAGCCCUGCCGUAGACUGUCUGCAGGACAGGCUCUCCACUUCACUGGGUCAUGCUCAAGACAGCUGGAGACUCGACCUUUGAACUUGACUGGAGCCAUGUUCAUCCAGUUCUACUUCCUGUAUGGGUGUCUCCAAGCUCCUGGUCACAGAGACAGCGGUGUACUGUUAGAGCACUCGACGGACGGGGGCAUCACCUGGGAGCUCAUCACGGAGAUGCACUACAACCUGUACAGGACACCAGUAUUUAUCAGUCUGAGAAUCCCAGAGAGUGCUAAACGAGAGGGCACCCUGGUCCGCUGGUGGCAGCCGCGACAUGGCGGGGAGCAGAAGGAUGAUUGGCUGGUGGACGGUAUCCGCAUCAACGGAGAGGAGAUCAAUCCACUGCUUCUCUCUGUCAACUUCACCUCGGGAUUUGAAUUUCUGGAUCUGAUCACAGCCGAUAACAUGGAGGUGGGCAAGUACUGCGGUAAAGACGGAGUUGCUAUUGGCAAGACUAAAGCGGAGGAGCCGUCAACUUUGUCCUCCCGUGAGGUCAAGGUCACUGAUGGCCACGUCUUGCAGUUCUCCAUGAAUGUUGGCUGUGGGAAGGACUGGGACACGUCUUUGCAGCCUGUGAAUGUCCAGUACUCCACCGACCACGGCAUGACCUGGACUGACCUGGUGUCUCUGUGCCAGAGAGAUACGUCCUGCUCCCCACACUCGGGCAUCGCCGUCUCUCACUACCACGGGGUCCAUGACAACUGGAGGAGGGUGGUCCUACCUCUGACUGGCCUGCCUGUGUCUAGUGGCACAAGGUUCCGCUGGCAGCAACUCCCCAAUGGGAUGCCAGACUCUCAGGACUGGGCCCUGGGAGACAUCUACAUCGGACCUUCCUGUGACAAGGACUGCUACGGUCACGGCUAUUGCUUUGACGAGAUGUGUGUGUGUGAUGAGGGUUAUGGAGGGGACGACUGUUCUAUCUUUUACGUUGGCGGAGUACUGAGUCAGCUAAAGGACAGCUUUGAUGUGGAGCUGGAACUGAACGCCACCAAAUGGCCGUGGGCUCAGGGGGGACAAGUACAGGAGCCAUGCGAGACUGUCGUACAAGGGCCGGCCAUGACCUUCAACGGGCCCGGGGCUCGUGAGUUGGUGACCAGUUCUCUUGACCUCAGGAAUGCCAGAUUUAUCCAGUACACCGCCUACAUGUGGAGCAAAGGAACCCAACCUGCUGUGUGCUUGAGGCCUCCAGAUCACAAAGUCCAGAAUGUCUACCUUCAGUAUUCUGUGGAUGGAGGCAUUAGAUGGCACACCAUCCAUGCUCUGUCACCGCGACGCUACUGGCCGGCUCUACGUGACUACAUCACACUUCCCGUCGGAGCCCGCACCAACAGCACUUUGGUACGCUGGGUCCAGGCAGACGCCCCGGUCGGCACCAGCCCUCGCGUCCACUGGGCCAUCGACGACGUCUACAUCGGAGGGUGGGAGGUGAACCCCAGCGAGUACUUCCAGCCAUUUGACGGAGGCGACAUCACGAAGGAUGAUCCGUCUGCUUAUGAGUUCAGUCCCCACGGCGUCGUUGAGGGGGAUGAUGGGGAGUGUGAGAGGCUCAAAGACCAAGGAGCAGCCAUGGUGUGGAGGGCUGAAGAGGGGAACAAAGAGAAACCUAAGGGCACCCAGAAGUUCACCACCAAUCAGAUGAUUGUACAGAGGGGUUACAUGCUGCAGUUCAAGAUCAUCAUGGGCUGCGACCGGUUCCUGGAUGUGUGUAAUGUGCCAGACAGUGCGGCGGUGAGACUGGAGUAUCGCCGGAACCCGCGCCUGGAGAAGUGGGAGCCCGUGCAGACCACAUGCCUCCCCGGCAGCCAGAACGGAGGCCUGUGUAACCCACACUUCCACCACCGAGACAGCCAGUACACCGUCUCGCAGGUCCCCUCCUGGACCAGGGUCACAAUACCAUUGGCUGAGAACACUUUCUCUGCAUCCACCCAGUUCCGCUGGGUCCAGGACGGCAAGAACGGCAGUGUGACAUGGGCUCUGGACGACAUCUUUGUGGGAGAACAGUGCCCAGACAUGUGCCGAGGGAGAGGAGACUGCCGUGACGGAAAAUGUAUCUGUGAUGACGGCUACUACAGCCCUGCCUGUAUUCCAAACCCAUCAAAACUGCUCAAGAGACUUUUUGACUCAUUUGAGGGGAGAAUUUCUAACACUUACUGGCAGACAGUGACGGGUGGAGACAUAGGCUUUGGCUGUGGAGCCCUUCUCCCAUACGCCCACGGUAAGACGCUCUACUUCAACGGCUGCGGUGAGCGGCAAGCUGUCACAGCUGAGAUGGACACAACCAAUGCCAUAAAAAUUAUCUUUGUAAUCCAAAUUGGCUGCUCUGCUCAGACUGACAACUGCAAUGUCAAGCUAGGGGAUGGACCAAAGUACCGGGGUGUUUUGUUGCAGUACAGCAAAAACAAGGGUUCAGAGUGGCAUGUGAUUGCACAACAUGAUCCAGUUGACUUCCUGCGGCCAAAGCGAGCAGCAUACGAUGUCCCCCAGGGAGCCAAAGAUGUGGGGAUUCAGUUCAGAUGGUGGCAGCCGAGUCAUGAUGGAAAAGGAUUUGACCAGUGGGCUAUUGACCACGUGGAAAUUAUCUCGGGCCGCAGGAAUUACAGACGAGGAAGAUGGAAGGGCUAAGGACUGAAGCUAUACUUUCUGUUCUCGUGUUACUACUGUACUUUGAUUGUUUCUUUGAUUGUAUAAAAGUAUUGACUUGAUAUUCUUUUGCAAUGUCAUAAAAGUUACAGAAUUGUUCAGAAUUAACGACGUGUGAUAAACAAAAUCAUAGAAGAAAGUAAUGUUUGGAAAACAUUUCUUCUCAUCAUGUCUAUAUAUAUAUAUAGAUGUAAAGAUGACAAUAUUGCAUUGCUGUCUUUCACUGGUGUAAAACCAAUUCUUACACUUACACUGCUGAUUUGUUUCAAAUAUGUGAACUAAAACAUAAUAAGUCUAACUUUAAUUUUGUGAACAGGACUACUUAAAUUUUUGCUGGAACAUUGCUGAGAGUAAUAAUUAUUUAAGUGUACUUGUAUAUAUAUAAAAUUAUGUUGCAGAACUAUUUGGACUUGCUCAGCUGGUUAAAUAACAAGAACAAAAAUUAUUCAUAUAUAUAUUAGACCAUGUCUUUUGCCAGCGUGCCUCUGCUUAUAGUUAUAGGCCUUACUGAACUCAACUGUAUUUCAUCUAUGAAGCAAAUAACAUUAAGAAAUGAGAAAUGUGUAAGUAAAAUGUGAAUGGGUUCCUUCAUGUACAUGAUGACGAUGUAUGUAGCAAUAGUACUUCGUCUUUUUGCUGACUUGUUUGUUCUCAAAAUUAAGCUAAGCCUAUGUCAAUGUGUUGUUUGGUCUCUAAUACAACUGUUUUCCAAGCA